AUGGCGUCCCCCCUCUUCCCCCGGGCCCACGCUCUGGCCCUGGCGCUACUUGUGGGGCUGGGCCCCACACUGAAGGCUCGAGCGGACCCCCACAGCCUCUUGGCUUCGCCCCAUAACCUGCUGGAAACGCGGCUGCUGCGCUCGGCGGGCGGUUGGACGGCGCUGCUGCUGCUGGCGCUGGCCGUGGCCGCGCUGCCCCUCUGCCGCCCCACAGCGGGCGCCGUGGGCCGCGCGGCGGCGCGCUGGGCCGUGGGGGCCGCGCUGGGCAGAGGCGCCCCCUGCUGGCUCGGCGACGCCUUGGACGCCGCGACGGGGCGGUGUUGGGCGCGGGGGGUCAUCCAUGGGGGGACCCUGCUCCUGCCCUACAGCGACCCCCAGAGCUGCCGCAGCCACGGGCACCGCUGGGAAGGGUUCGGGGUGUCCCCCCAAGCUUUCGCCUUGGUUCAUUGCGGGUUGGGUUUGGCCGAAGAGGUGGGAGCUUUGGGGGUGCUGCUGAGGUCCCCAUCGCCCAUAGCCCCAUCACUUAUGGGGCCCCCAUCCCCUAUGGCCCCCCCCCCUCCGUCUGUGGGGCCACCCUGGCAAGAAGAACCCAUAGAAGAGCCCAAACGUCCCGGCACGGCCUUGUCCCUCCUCUUCCUCCUCAACGUGGCCUUGAUCCUCCUCUGGCACUUCCUAUUGGCCGUCACCUUGACCUACCGUCACGAUUGGCCGAGGAACGCGGCCGGCGCCGCCAUUGGCUGGGCCUCGUGGGCCAUCACCUAUCGCUGCUGGUACCGCUACCCGUGGUCACCCGGACCUCCUGGUUUGGGUCUUCCAGCACCUUAA